AUGUUGGCUCUCAUUGGAAAUGUUGCCGAAAAGACAGUCACCAAGUUUCUCGGAGAAAACAAGCCCCCCCGUAGAAAAAGUGGAUGGAACCAAUUUGCUGCAUUCAGCCUUGAGAGUUUGAAAUAUCCAGUUCCGCCAAAGGGUGCCUCCAAAGGGUGGGAGGAGCGAAACAUAGAGAUUGGAAAGGCUUGGAAAUUGCUGGAUGUUGAUGAGAGGGCUGUUUUUAGUGCCCGGAUCUUCCAACACUUCUCUGGAAUACCAUGCGACUUUGAAGAUGAGGCUGAGGACGAUGAAGAAGAAUCGGAUUUGACCACUGAUGAAAUCGAAUUAUAUAAACCACUUUACGAUAAGUUGGUGAACAUCGAAAAGGUUAACAUAGUUGCUGCUAAAGGAUCGGAAUGUCAGGGUGAAAAUACCAGUCAAACCUAUAAAAAAGCUUUGAGUGCCACACUCAAGCUGAACUCCGAGCUGUACACCAUUUCGAAUGUAUACAAUACAACCUACUAUCUACUGACAGCCACACGAUCUCCGGGGAAAAAUAGUUUCUGUAAGGAGUACUCAAACGAUGCGGCAUGGCUUGCCUUGGCCAAGAAGAAAUGGUCGGCAAAAGAAACUUUUGAAGCCUACAGCCAUGCACGUGAAAUACAAGGCGAUUUGGAAAAAAUUGUUGGCGGAUCAGCUGGUCAAAAGCAACAAAAGGAUUCGGACUUAGUAAAAAUAAAACUUAGGCAAGCACUUAACGACCUCUUGACUGAUGCCCUUGGUGGCGAUGUGGAAGCUGUUUUCCCCAAGACCGAAAAUCCAGCUGGAUCUUUGGCAGUCAGCCAUCCGGAGCUCAAAUUGGUUCAGUUAGCACACUCUAAGCUGAGCCAAGAGUCUUUGAAGAAGGGAUUUGAAAAAAUUCUCACUGGUGAUAGGAGAAGAUGGUUAGCUGACAUUAAAAGCGGCCACUUUAAAAUUGAACAUACUGAAACUGAAGAAGAGUAA